CGAGGCACCCAGGGCACUCCCCAGCGCGAUCCCCAGACCGCAUCAAAUCCCUUUCUUUGAGCCUGUUUCUCCUCCGAGAAACAGGGAUUUGGAGAGCGCCCAUUUGGAGGAUGGGUGGGAGGAAUCGGUAGAAUGCCCAGUUCAGAGCCUGGCACAGUUAAGUGCCCGUUGCAUAGAAGCUGCUGUCGUAUUUAACCUUGGGGUCCUGCCCCAGCGCCAGCCUGACACAGGUGCAGCUCAAAUGACAGCUGUCGCCAAGAGCCCUUGUGGCCAAGGUCAGCCCAUCUGCAGGGAGGCUGCCAUAUCGAAAAGCCCAGGCUUUGCUGCCCACCAACUGUGGGAUCUCUCCCUCCAGACUUUGCUUUUUCCUCUGUACUAUAAGGGAUUGCCACAGCUGGUGUCAGAGGCCUUGACAGCGGGAAGGGACAGUGUAACCGGUGGCUGUGGUGUGUAGAAUGAUUGCCAAUGAGAUAGGAUGAGCCUCUGGGAGGAAUCAGGGCUGGGAUCAGGAGCCUGGAUUCCCUCCUUAAUUCUGUUCUUGGCUUCCUGUUUGUAUGUUUAAAGACACAUCACUUCCUUUAGUGUGCUGGCUUUUCUCUCUGUAGCAUGGGGACUGUGGGGGGCUUGGAAAUAUGCAUGGAGUGUUCUGGUGGAGGCCGGAAGCCCUGGGAUCACAAGGAUAGCAUCUGAAAAAGCUUGGUGGGGAUUCUGCGCUUUAUGGCAGAGGAAGCUCUCCCCCCUCCUGCUGAUUUGCAGAGCUGUUUGAGUAUGCUGAACUGGCCACCCAGCAUACCAGUAAUAAUCCCCUAAGGUGUCCAGCAGCUCAGUUUCUGUGGCAUUCUAAAGCAUUUUUCGCAUUGGUUCCUCACAGUGGGCAGAGUUGACAAGAAUCUCAUUUGACAGAGAUGUCUAAGCUCAAGAGAGAAUAUGUGCCUGGCACUGUGCAAAGCAGCUUCAGCUUUUCAUAUGCACUUUUAAUCACGGCCUUUCUGUAAAGCCCCAUCUUAUAGCUAACCUGAGGAAUGGUGAGGUUUAAUGUCUUAUCUGAGCUUACACAGCCAGUGAGCAGAGCCGAGAUUUAGAUCUGGUUCGUCUGACUCCAUCAGAGGCUUGGUUGGUUUUUAAACAUAUCCCCUAUUUUGUCGUCUUCCCUCCCUUUCUCCCUUUCUUUCUUUUUCUCAGAGCACUCUGCCGUUGUGGCCGGCUGCUGUCCACAGAGAUGCAGGGAGGAUGGGCUCUGUCAACUAGGUUGUGGGAGGGUGUAGGUAACUUUCAGGCAGGCUUUUCCUUAGCGAUUUACAUGAGGACGAUGAGAUGAGAUGAUGCGGGUGACAGUUUCAGCACCAUUUUCUUUCAUGGGUCCUAGGAGCAGAGACGCAGUAGCUGGACAGCUGCCUGGGUCUGAACACCUUGGCAGGGAGGGGGCGGCAGCGGCCAGGUGACAGUGAAGGAUGUAGGAUCGCAUUUACUGGCUGAGCAGGCAUCUACCAGGCGUGAGGGGUGUCUCUUCCUCGCUCAGCUAGCCUAGAGUGCACACCAAGCCAGGCUGUGCCCCUGGCCCCCUCCCAGGCCGCACAGCCACGUGCGUCUCACUGUGCUCCGGAGUGUAGCAGGACCUCCUGCGGUGGCCCCUCUCCCCACCUUCUCUGUUCUCUGUGACUCUUAGGGACCUCCUCCUGCCCCACUCCAGUUUGGACACCAGGAGGCAGAAUGUAGCCAGGACCUCAGGAAUCACCUUUAUUCAUGAAUCGGCUGUUAGGGCAGAUGUCAAAGCCAGGCAGGCGAUUUCCCGGCCUAGAUGUGCCUCCCUGGCUUGUUUCUAGAAUUUGCGUGUCAGUGGCAUUCUUGUAAAUUUGAUUAUUCAGGGGACCUUGACAUUUGAAGGAAUCACGUUACAAGGCUUUUGGUAAAGCACAAAAUUACAUUGUCGGUAACAGCCUUCAGUAUUACCAGCUUUGAAUGGUUGGGCUUUUGUCUGUAGGAUUUUCUUAGACGUGAAAAAUGGCUUUAGCUGCACAAAGCCCAUUCUUUCAUUAUUCAGCAGCCAAUUAGCAAAUGCCCACCUGGUAUCCGGCCCUGGGCUAAUGGUGUACAAGGUAAUGUCUCUGCCACCAGGAAGCUUGCAUUCUGGGAGAGGAGGCAGACAGAGUACAGCCUGCAGAGUCGCAGUUGCUGAUCGUCGUGCUUGAGCAGAGCCGUGGUUGGUGACAGCAUGACGAGCGAGGUGAUAGAAGACGAGGAGCAGUUCUAUUCCAAGGCAAAGACGUACUGGAAGCAAAUCCCGCCCACAGUGGACGGCAUGCUUGGGGGGUAUGGCCGCAUCUCCAGCAUCGACAUCAACAGCUCCCGGAAGUUUCUGCAGAGGUUUUUGAGGGAAGGCCCGAACAAGACAGGAACUUCCUGUGCCCUGGACUGUGGAGCAGGCAUUGGGAGGAUCACCAAGCGGCUGCUCCUGCCGCUGUUCAGAGAGGUGGAUAUGGUCGACGUCACGGAAGACUUCCUGGUUCGAGCCAAGACUUACCUGGGGGAGGAGGGCAAGAGGGUGAGGAACUACUUCUGUUGUGGGCUCCAGGACUUCACCCCAGAGCCCGACUCUUACGACGUGAUCUGGAUCCAGUGGGUGAUAGGCCACCUCACCGAUCAGCACCUAGCUGAGUUCCUACGGCGCUGCAAGGCCAGUCUCCGCCCCAACGGUAUCAUCGUCAUUAAAGACAACAUGGCCCAGGAGGGCGUGAUCCUGGAUGAUGUGGACAGCAGCGUGUGCCGGGACCUGGACGUGGUCCGCAGGAUCGUCUACAGCGCAGGCCUCAGCCUCCUGGCCGAGGAAAGGCAGGAGAACCUCCCUGAUGAGAUCUACCACGUCUAUAGCUUUGCCCUGAGAUGAGCCGGGGCUGGCAGGAGAAACUGAGGAACCACAGCUCGGGUGGGGGGAGCUGGCAGCUGGGCAAGAUCCAGGCGCCAUGCUGGCAGUUCAUGAGUGUCAAGGCGCCACUAAAUAUAGCUGUCUGCCGUCCACUCAU